AUGGAUUAUUCAAUGAAUGAACCCGCUAAACGUGCAAUUUCAUCAUCGGAAGAUGAAUCACUAGAAGCCGAAUGUUAUUCGAAUCAAGACGAUACUUUUGAAAAAAAGUAUCAAGUCAACGAAGAUGAUGACUCUUCUUCGUCUGAUGAUGACAAUGCUGGCGACAAAAAACUAUCAGAACAUCAUAGAGAAACAUUCGAUUUCAGAAAUCUUGAUUGGGGCGAUGUUCCAACGUUCAUUCAUUCUAUGGAUCAAGGACCUAUGAGUCUUUAUGAUCGACAAAAAGCUCGUGAAACAAAAGAGCAAAUUCUAAAUAUUAAAAGUCGUUUAGCUCAAGAAAAUUGUAUUCUAAGACCACUUUACAAAAACAAUGGAUUUCAUUUGUGUAAAAACAAUGAAUACCAACAAAAAGUAUCUGAUUUUAUGACAAAAACAAGCAUCUAUUCGUUGAUAAACAAACUAAUCGAUCCAUAUACAGAUGCUAGUAAAAAAUGUUUAGCUGAUGUUGUCGAUCAAGUUCAAACAACAUUGGACAAUUUACUGCAUUCUCAACGUUUAACCAAACAACAACAUUCACGAAUGAGUAUUAAUCGAUCAUCAGUACGAUUGAAUUAUCUAUAUUUCACUGUAGAUACACGUAGCGAAGAAUGUCCAAUUCAACCAAUUGUAGUAUGUAACGAUGGACCCACCAUCGGUAUCGCUGGUUAUGUGGGUCAUCUACUUGGAUUACUUUUUAAUGAGGCAACUGAUUGCAAAUUAUUUUCUAAAUCAAUUGAUGUCAUACAGGCUGUCGAAUAUUAUUCUCAAAGUGGACAUCUACAACCAACAACUUUAUUUGCAUCAUUCAAUAUCGAUGAUCUAUGUACCAGGUUUUCUCAUGAUCAUGCUGUUGCUGCAUUAGAACGAUUCCUACACUCGUAUGCAUUCGAUCAUUUAAUUCAAGGCAUGACAAUUGAUACGAUUGUUCAGCUUGUUCGUCUCGUUCUCGAAAAUCAAUAUUGUGUUUUGGGAAAAAACUUGUAUCGACAAAGAAUAGGUGGUGGUUCUGGCUUACCAUUGACCAUUCCAUUGACUUAUAUCUAUUUAUUCUAUUGGCAACAAGAUCCAAUGAAUGUUUUCAUCAAUAAAAACGAGCUCUUUGGCAGAUAUCAAGAUGAGGCAUUUAUUACAUGGAAUGAAUCCGAAGACGAACUUCAUACAGUACUCACAUUAGCUCAUUCAGAAUUUCCUCAAUAUAUAUGGAAUACAACAGGCAUUGGUUCAAAAAUUUGUUUUCGAGAUAUCGAACUCGGUCACAACAAUGGUAGAGUUCGUACGACAGUGAAUUAUUUGGACUCAUACAUGCGAAAUAAUACGUUACCUUCCUUUCUUGAUAUACUUCAACAGCGAAUAGGCGACGUAUGGAUAUGGUUAAGAGCAAGUUUAUUAAAUGCAGUACGCUAUUGCUCAGAUGAGGUGAAUUUCGAGGAUGUCAAGUCUCAGAUGAAAUUUAUAUUGUCUCUCAAUGGCUUUUCGGAUGAUACUUUUAACGAUGGUCUCCAUGAAUUCCUCGAUCAAUUUGGCGUCUCUACUGUGGAUCCUUCGUUAACACGAACGAAUUAUGAAAUUAUGCGUCAACAUGUUUUUGACAAUGAUAAAUACCGAAAAGCAAUGGGGAAAAAUGCAUUAUUACAAAGAAAAGAACAGGUUACAUUACAUCUUCCUUACGUAUCUCCAUGCGAAACACUUGUCAUAAAUCAAUUUGAACAAAAAUUAAACAAUUUAUUAAGCGAACAUGGAAGUGAUCAUUCACGAAUGAAAGAUUUAAAGAUUAAGAUUUUGCCACAUCGUUCGCCUACUAUUCCAAUAGUGGAUCUUCUCGUACAUAAACGACCACCAAUUCAUCGUUUAACCUUACCAGAGACUGACCAGAUCAACAAAAGUUCGUAUGAAGCGCGGCAUAUUUCUUUUUAA